AAUGAUUAAAGUCAGGCAACUCAGAGAGGGCAAGAUUAGAACUAAUGAAGUGUCUCUUAAUACUUGUGUUUUGAACUCUAUUGAUCAAAAAUACGAGAGUUAUCUUCAGAGCGGAGAGGAGUUCAUCUUCUUCAAACCUGCUCAUAGGUUUGAUCAAACAAUAUAAAGAUAUAUAAAGGAGUAACAGCAGGCUGAUAUACAGAAACUAUUAUCAACAAGGAAGAUAGCAGGGUCGAGGAUUUCUAUGAAGCAGCAUUCUGAGUUAGAGAUAAGAAGCCCCUUGAGGUGUUGAUGGAUAAGGGCAAGCUUGCCAGAGUUUGUAGAUUCUCCAUGACUUCGAAUGUUGAAAAAAGCUGAUCUAUAUACCAUAUUCUACCAGGUCUUUGCAAGUUGAUCUCAGGAAGCUUGGGACAACUGAAUUUGAACAAUUUCAGAAUUUCAAGGAAAUGCCUCCAAAGACUCUUGACUGCUGCGUGUUGCUUAGAUACUAUCAAUCUUAGAUUUUGUAACCUUGAAUCAGAAGGAUUUCAGUUACCUAAGACUGUUAAAUGGAACACUAGUUAUCUUAGCUUCGAAAACUGUGUUAGAUACGAUGAUCCUUCGUCAGGUAUAUGUGAACAAUUGAUCCAGCUUCUGCAGCCUAUUGCUCACAGUCACUUGGGAGUCUCAGUCAAGAAGAUCGUGCUACAGAAAUGAAACAUGACAAAAGGAGAGUUCAAGAGUUUAAACAAGAAAAUUGGAUUGAAGGGCAUGAGUAUUCAAGGAAGGAAACUCGAGUAUGGCUGGGGCUGGAACCUUGAACUUUAA